AUGAGUCAAGACACUAAAAUUAUUAAACGAACAUAAUUUACACCUUAAGAGUCAGAUAUUAAAAAUAUCAUUCCAACCUAAGGAAAAUCAAAAGAAGAGAUGCGAAUUUUCUUAUUUGAGUUUUUUGGAAUGGCUUUAUUUGCUUAUGGGUAAAUAAGUCAAUUCUUAAUAUUAGUAUUAUAUGUUCAUAAGGGUCUGAUGAGUUUUUAGCUUUAUUUUUCUUUGCUUCUGUGUGUUUGGCAGCACCAUUUUCAGGAGCACAUGUUAAUCCAGCGGUUACUUUAGCAAUGUUACUUUCAAGAAGAAUCAAUUUUGGAUAGGCAGUGUUAUACUGGUUAGCACAAUUUAGUGGAGCCUUGUGUGGAGCCUGCUGUUGCUACUUAAUAUUGAAUGAAGUUGAUAGUCCUUAAGUGAAGAGUACAGAAUACAGUUGGAUACUAUCAGAUUUUAGUGGUGAGGCAUUUGGAACAUUCACAUUUAUUCUUUUUAUUCUAAUAUAAACAGAUUCAGAAACAACGUUAACGCCUGGAGGAUAACCAAUGACAACUUAUGUUUUAGUAGCGUUGGCGUUGUAUUUUUCAAGAGGAUUUACAUUUCAUUCUGGAGGUACAAUUCAAAUUUUGAAUCUACUAAAGGUUGUUUGAACCCCGGGAUGGCAGUAUCUUUGUAGCUCUUUUAAUCAUUUUAAACAGGAGAUAGAUAGAGAAUGGAAUUUUUAUGGGUAUUUGUUGGCGGUCCAUUAGGAGGAGGAUUUGGUGCAAGUGUGUUUUUUGAACUCUUUUAUAAGAAAUAAAUAAAGAGACUUUGA